CCUGUUGUCUUUAAAAAUUUGCAUGGACAGAGAAUACUUCUUCACCAGAGCAGUUCGUUACACACUUUGUUGUUUCGUUUUGGGACAUCAUGCCUGAGCCAGCGAAGUCCGCACCUAAGAAGGGGUCCAAGAAGGCCGUUGCUAAAGCCGCAGGAAAGGGCGGCAAGAAGCGCAAGAGGUCUAGGAAGGAGAGCUAUGCUAUCUACGUCUACAAGGUCCUGAAGCAGGUUCAUCCUGACACCGGGAUUUCCUCUAAGGCCAUGGGCAUCAUGAACUCUUUCGUCAAUGAUAUUUUCGAGCGUAUCGCCGGUGAGUCCUCUCGUCUCGCUCACUACAACAAGCGAUCCACCAUCACAUCGAGAGAGAUCCAGACCGCCGUGCGUCUCCUGCUGCCCGGUGAACUCGCCAAACACGCCGUGUCUGAGGGAACAAAGGCCGUCACCAAGUACACCAGCUCCAAAUAAAUCUGUUGAAGCUUUCAACAACACAAAGGCUCUUUUAAGAGCCACC